GUGUGUGUGUGUGUGUCUGUGUGUGUAUCUGUGUGUGCGUGUGUGUUGGUGUGUGUGUGUGUGUGUUCAGAGAUGCAUCGGACUCAGACUAAAUAUGAAGACAUGUUCAUCCUCAAAGUCUUCGUCUUCCAGUUCGUUAACUUCUACUCGUCUCCAGUGUACAUCGCCUUCUUCAAGGGAAGGUUUGUUGGUUACCCUGGAAACUACAACAGUCUGCUUGGCGUCCGUAACGAAGACUGUGGAGCGGGGGGGUGUCUCAUCGAGCUGGCUCAGGAGCUGCUAGUCAUCAUGGUCGGAAAACAGCUGAUCAACAACAUCCAGGAGUUCAUCUGGCCGAAGUUGAUGACGUGGUGGCAGAAGAGGAAGAUGCGUCCUCGGGUGAAGGAGUUGAAGGAGGAGGAAGAGAGGGAGGAAGAGAGGGAGGAAGAGAGGGAGGAAGAGAGGGAGGAAGAGAGGGAGGAAGAGGAAGAAGUUUCUCCCUGGGAGGAAGACUACCAGCUGCUGCUCUGCGAUGGACUCUUUAGUGAAUACCUCGAGAUGGGUGAGCAACAAUUACCCAAUCU